AGCUGAGCGGGUGCUUUCACUGAACAAACAAAACAAAAUUAGUUGUGUUGCAUCUUUCUAUCCUCCCCAUGCAAAAAUUGCGUUCGUUUGCAAAAUCACUAGAGUUUUAUAUCGUUGCGUUGGUUUGCGGUUUCCGUUUCAAAGUGUGUUAUCACUUAUCAGUGCGGUAAGAGUGAUUGAAGGAAUGCUGCUUGAGUGAAUAUCCAAUUUUAAUCGGUCCAGUGUUUCAGUCGGUUGUGUUUCGGAUCCAAAGUUUGUCGUUGAAUAUUUUGUGUAUAAAGUGAAUCGUCCUUGGAAUCAACCCCCCCCCAUUUGCAUCGUCAAAAGAAAUUCAUAACUGAUUUGCUUGAAAACAUUCUCCUAUAGUGUAACCUGAAACUAUUGCAACAAUGGCCGCCAGCGAUAAGGGAGCCGCAUUCUGGAUGGGAGCUCAAACUUUGCCCAUUCCGAUGACAAUGUUCCGCGAGAACCGGGAAAAGGUCAUUGGGGAGCUGCGGAAGGUGCGUAAGUUCGAUGGAACAGCGCUGAUUUUGCUGCAGGGUGGCGACAAUAUCAGCCACUAUGACACCGAUGUGGAUUACGUCUUCCGGCAGGAGUCAUACUUCAUGUACCUGUUCGGCGUAACGGAACCCGGCUGCUACGGUACUGUUGACGUCGCGACCGGAAGUACCACCUUGUUCGUGCCGCGCCUUCCGUCCGAGUAUGCCGUUUGGAUGGGCCCAUUGCUCUCGUGUGACGAUUUCAAGCAGAAGUACGAGGUCGAUGCGGUGUACUACGCGGAUGAGAUUGACGUCAAACUUGGAGAACUCAAUCCAUCCGUCCUACUCACCUUGUGUGGCCCCAACGCGGAUAGCGGACUGGAGGCAAAGCCAGCCAACUUCAAAGGAAUCGAAAAGUUUGUCGUCGACUCGGAUAUCCUGUUUCCGGUAAUCGCUGAAUGCCGCGUCAUCAAGUCCCCAGCCGAGGCGGAGGUCCUCCGUUACGUGGCCAAGGUUUCCUCUGAUGCGCAUAAGCGAGUGAUGAAGAACAUCCGCCCCGGAUGGCAUGAAUACCAAGGCGAGGCCGAGUUUCUACACCACGCGUAUUCGGUCGGUGGCUGCCGACACGUGUCAUAUACGUGCAUCUGUGGCGCCGGGACCAAUUCGGCCAUCUUACACUACGGCCACGCAGGUUCGCCAAACGAUCGCCUUAUUAAGGACGGCGAGAUGUGUCUGUUCGACAUGGGUGCCAACUACAAUGGCUAUGCUGCGGACAUUACGUGCAGCUUCCCGGUCAACGGCAAGUUCACCGAUGAUCAGAAGCUGAUCUACAACGCUGUGUUGGCGGCAAGGGAUGCCGUAUGUGGCGCUGCCAAGGAGGGUGUUUCCUGGGUCGAUAUGCACCUGUUGGCCAAUCGUGUCAUGCUCGGCGAGAUGAAAAAGGGUGGAUUGCUGCAGGGAGAUGUUGAUGAGAUGAUGAGCGCUGGGUUGAACGCCAUUUUCCAACCGCAUGGGCUGGGCCAUUUGAUUGGGCUGGACGUGCACGAUGUCGGCGGAUAUCUGACGCACUGCCCGGAGCGUCCGACACAGCCCGGUGCCAAUCGGCUGCGAAUGGCGCGUACUUUGGUGGCCGGAAUGUACGUUACGAUUGAACCCGGAUGCUACUUCAUUGAACCGUUACUCAACAAGGCGUUCGCCGAUCCGAACCUGAGCAAGUUCCUGGUCAAGGAGCAAAUCGAUCGCUUCCGUAACUUUGGCGGUGUGCGCAUUGAGGAUGAUGUUCUGAUCACCAAGACCGGAAUCGACAAUUUCACCGUUGUGCCAAGAACAGUUGAGGAAAUUGAAGCAUGGAUGGCACGUUGAAAGCGGCGGAAGUCGUCGAUCCGUUAUACUUCUACAAGAUUUUGAUAAACACUGUAACACUAACCUAAGGUAGAAGCAUGCAUACUUCUCUUCCAAAAUGAUGUAAUCAGCCUACAUAUUCUUUAAAAAAGUUUUUAAACGUACAAAAUGAUGAUAUAUACAAAUCUAUAGAAAAAUGUU